AUGGGCCCAAGACUAGUUGUAUUGAAUCCAACAGUGGCACUGCCUUGGAAUACAGUCAUGGCAAUGUCUGGACUCAGUACCUUCCUUCAAUUUCAGAUCGAAUCUUGGGUAGCUAAAAAUGCACCUCUGCAACAACGCAGAGAUAUGGCAUGGGAUGAAAUUCACCCUUUGAUGUAUCAUAAGGCACUUGAUAUUGAAGAUUCUUCUACGCCUCCGGUCGAGGCUCACAUAUCAUAUUUGAGAACGAUGCGGGAAUCAUCUAAGAAAACAAAGAGGAAGGUAAGAUGGAGCAAACUGUAUUCGUUUCCGUGCUUUCGACCGUACACAUCCGAUCCCGAUUCUGCUCAGAAGCUCAUCGGUCAGCCAGGAUUUUCUCGGGUGGUUUUCUGCAAUGAACCUCAGCUGCACAAGAGAAAACCUUACAAGUACACAAACAACUCAGUAUCCACAAAAAAGUACAAUGCCUUCACUUUUCUACCCAAAGCGCUUUUUGAGCAGUUCCGCAGAGUUGCCAAUUUGUAUUUUCUUUUGACAGCAGCGUUGUCUGUCACUUCUUUGUCUCCUGUUAAACCUGUAAGUUUGAUUGCUCCGUUGGUAUUUGUGGUGGGGAUUAGCAUGCUCAAAGAGGCCGUUGAGGAUUGGUAUAGGUUUUUGCAGGACUUGAAUGUAAAUGCUCGAACCGUAAUGGCUAAUGCAGGGAAUGGCCUAUUUGUGGGUAAAUUAUGGAGAGAACUUUCUGUAGGAGAUGUUGUUAAGGUUAACAAGGAUGAAUACUUUCCCAGCGACCUUCUUUUGCUAUCGUCCAGCUAUGAAGAUGGUGUUUGUUAUGUGGAGACUAUGAACCUUGAUGGAGAAACGAAUCUGAAGAUCAAGAGAUGUUUAGAGGCCACAGUUCAUCUGAAUGAGGAUGCAAAAUUCAGUGAAUUCAAAGCCACUAUCUGUUGCGAGGAUCCCAAUCCAAGCCUUUACACCUUUGUGGGGAAUUUAGAGUUCGAGAAUAAAACGUACCCCUCGAGCCCUCAUCAAGUACUUUUAAGGGAUUCAAAGCUUCGAAACACCGAUUAUGUUUAUGGAGUAGUGAUCUUUAGUGGGCAUGAUACGAAAGUAGUAAGGAAUUCAACCAUGUCGCCAUCUAAGCGAAGCAGGCUUGAGAAAAAGAUGGAUAAAGUCAUCUACCUUCUUUUCUCUAUGCUUCUUCUGAUUUCACUAGUGACUUCCAUCGGGUCUGCUCUGUUCAUAAAAUCUGAUAUGAGUGAAUGGUGGUACCUUCUUUGGGAAGAUUCUGAUCCCCUCUUUGAUCCAUCAAAGCCUGCGAAAUCAGGUUUUCUACAGUUCAUAAGGGCUCUUAUAUUGUAUGGCUACUUGAUCCCCAUUUCUCUGUAUGUCUCUAUUGAAGUUGUCAAAGUUCUACAAGCAAUGUUCAUUAACAAGGAUAUACAAAUGUAUGACGGAGCAACCUGUAAGUCUGUCCAGGCUCGAACUUCAAAUUUGAAUGAAGAACUUGGUCAAGUAGAAAUCAUUCUGUCAGAUAAAACUGGAACUUUGACUUGUAAUCAGAUGGAGUUCAGGAAAUGCUCGAUUGCAGGAAUUUCGUAUGGUGGAAACAUAAAUGAAGUUGAUCUUGCUGCUUCAAAGCGAAUGAACACGGACGUUGAGGCAUAUCAAUAUAGUAUCGACCAAUCUGACGCAACAAGUCAGAUCCUUGAAAUGUCUGAGAUCUCUGUGGCUGAUAUUAUCACUCAACAGGCUAUUCUACGGGGUCAAGAAGAUGCGGAUUAUUUGAAUGCUAGAAACUCAAGAGUCUCCUAUGUGAGGAAAGAAUCAAUUAACAAGGCCAUCAAGGGUUUCAAUUUUAGGGAUGACAGGAUAAUGAACAACCAGUGGAUUCACAGGUCUGACUUGUUUGAUAUGACAAUGUUCUUCAGAGUCAUGGCUCUAUGUCACACAGGUAUACCUGUUGAAGAUGGCCAAACUGAUAAGCUUAGAUACGAAGCAGAGUCCCCAGAAGAAGUUGCUUUUUUGAUUGCUUCACAAGAAUUUGGAUUCCAGUUUUUCCAGCGGACACAAUCCAUAAUGAUCCUCAAAGAGCUCGAUCCUUCCUCCGGGAAGCAGGUGAAGAGGGAGUACAAUCUGUUAAAUUUUUUGGAGUUCAGUAGUUCUCGUAAGAGAAUGUCUGUAAUAGUAAGAGAUGAAGAUGGUAAAAUCUUUCUUCUCUGCAAAGGGGCAGACAGCAUCAUCUUCGAUAGGCUUGCAGAUAAUGGUGGGGCAUACCAAGAAGCAACAACUUCACACCUUUCAUAUUAUGCAGAAGAUGGAUUUCGGACACUAGCAUUUGCUUAUCGAGUACUCGAGCUGGCCGAGUACGAACAUUGGAACUCAAUAUUUAUGCAGGCAAAGACUACAGUAGGUCCUGAAAGAGAAGAAUUACUGGAGCAAGCAACUGAAAAGAUAGAAAAAGAACUGAUUUUAUUAGGAGUUGCAGCUGUGGAAGACAAGUUACAGACAGGGGUUCCAGAAUGCAUAGAUAAACUUGCUCAUGCAGGGAUGAAAAUAUGGCUGCUCACUGGUGACAAGAAGGAAACUGCAAUAAAUAUCGGAUUUUCUUGCAGCUUACUUCGGCAGGACAUGAAACAGUUCCAUGUAUUUUUGAGCAAAGAAGCCGAGUCUAACAACCAACUGAAGGCUAUGAAAGAAGAGAUUUUGCACCAGAUUGAAACUUCAUACCAAGAGAUGUGCCAAGAUAGGAAUAACGAUUCACCAUUUGCUUUGGUGGUGGACGGAAGAGCUCUUGAAAUUGCUUUGAAAUCUGACGUGAAGGACCAGUUCUUACAUUUGGCUGUUAAUUGUGCUUCUGUUAUAUGCUGCAGAGUAUCUCCAAAGCAGAAAGCUUUGAUUACUCGAUUGGUGAAGGAGUACACUGGUAAGACAACCUUGGCGAUUGGGGAUGGGGCAAAUGAUGUUGGCAUGAUUCAAGAAGCUGAUAUUGGAGUUGGAAUCAGUGGAAUGGAAGGAAUGCAAGCAGUCAUGGCCAGUGAUUUCUCAUUGCCUCAGUUCCAAUUUCUUGAGAGAUUACUCAUUGUUCAUGGGCAUUGGUGUUACAAGAGAAUCUCUAAGAUGGUUCUCUACUUUGUGUACAAGAACAUUGCAUUCGGCCUCACUCUAUUCUACUAUGGAAUAUACACAAAUUUCUCUGGGGAUGCCUUAUAUGAUGACUGGUACAUGGUAAUGUUCAACGUCCUUUUGACAUCAUUGCCAGUUAUAUCUCUUGGAGUCUUCGAGCAGGACGUUUCGUCAGAGGUAUGCCUCCAGUUUCCAUGCCUUUACAGACAAGGGCAGAGGAACACAAAUUUCUCUUGGAGCCGUAUCGUUGGUUGGAUAGCGAACGGCAUAAUUGCUUCGUUAGUAAUAUUCCUCGCAACCAUAUGCAUGCUCUCCCCAGCUGCAUUCAGACAAGAAGGAAAUGUUGCAGACAUCACACAUUUGGGUGCGAUUAUGUACAGUUGUAUAAUAUGGACUGUGAACUGCCAAAUCGCUCUCGUCAUCACUCACUUCACUUGGAUCCAACAUCUUUUCAUCUGGGGCAGCAUCCUGUUAUGGUACAUUUUCGCGCUUGCCUACGGUGCUCUCCCUCCUUACUUCUCUCAACGAGGAUUUAGCAUCAUCACAGAAUCGAUCGGAUCAUCACCCAUGUACUGGAUUGCUACGUUGCUUGUAGUGGUUGCUGCACUGCUUCCAUACUUCGCACACACUGCCAUUCAAAGAUUGUUCUAUCCGAUGGACGAUCACAUAAUCCAGGAAAUGAAACACUGCAAGAAAGAUGUUACAGAAAAUCAGAUGUGGCUGAGAGAACAACGAAAUUCGCAGAGGAGUACUCAGGUUGGAUUUUCUGCAAGAGUUGAUGCAAGAAUUCAAUCGUUCAAAGAAGAGUUGAGUAAAGAGGAUAUCAAUAUACAAGUCUUGUGA